CUUCUUCAAAUAGCGAAAAUGAAAAUGAGAAUAAGAAUGAGAGAACUGAAAAUUUAAUACUGUUUUGUAUUAACGAUGCGAAAACUUGUGACUGCAGUAGUUCUACGAUGUUAAAUUGCGAAUUUGUGAAAACUAUUUCGAAAGCGCGACGAAAAGGAGUGGCUACGAUGACGUUCGAUUGAUCACUGACUAUUAUAUUUCAAUACUUUCUCUUAGAACCUAACUUAUGCUAUGGUGGCGAGAGACGGGGCGAAUUCGCAAGAGCGAACGGACGAAAGCUUUAUUGGCUCCCGCUCUCGCCCUACAACUAGUGAUAUUAAUACAAGCGCCAAGUGCGCAAACACCGCCCCCUCUGAAGGGACGACGUCCUUCAGCCGAGAACGGGCAACAGGGCCAGUCGGUGGACAGCUCGUCGAUAUUCCCCGUCCUGCCUCCUGACGUCCGCCACGCGAACCUUACUAUCGGCGCCGGCGUGCACCGCUACCACUCGUCCAAUCCUCCACUGCUGGGGCGGAAGGUUGUCUUCUGCGACGACGACGAGCGCUUCCACGACGAGGUUGGGCUCCCCCUGGUGCCACUUGGACCGCUGCUGGAGGCUGGAGAUGUACUCCCGGGACCAUCGCUGCCAAAACCUGUGCCUGAGAGACGAGACACCUCGCCAUCGUCGCAAGCAGGUCAGGCUGAUCUGAGGGCCGCCGAUGAGCAGGUGCCCGGGGGUCAGGGCCUCGCCGUCGUUCGGGUCGCUGCUUAGAGCGCCGAGGGGCCUGGAGUUGAGCACGGCCUCCACGCUGGUGAGCAGAGUUCCGAGCUCCUCCGCGGUCAAGAGGUCUUGGCCUACCGUCCGAAGGAACAGGUGCUUUGCAGACUUCACACCUGCCUCCCAUAGUCCGCCGAAGUGCGGUGCUCUGGGCGGUAUGAACGCAAACUCGCAUCCUUUUUUUGAUGCGAAUGUUUCGAUACCGCCCUCCUGCUCACCCAGACGGGCUCAGAACUCUCUCAUGUGGCGAUCUGCGCCGACGAAAUUGGUGGCGUUGUCGCACCACACCUUCUCCGGAAUCCCGCGACGAGUCACGAACCUUUGAAAUGCCAAAAAGAACGCAUCAGUGGUUAGGUCAGACACUAAUUCUAAGUGGACCGCUUUGGACGCAAAACAGACGAACAAGGCCACGUACGACUUGUACGGUGGCUUACCACAGAUACGAUACGUU